GUAGUAGUAACGGAAGUAACAGAGCAAAUGGACAUACGAACGAUAAAAAUGUUGCUUCCAAGCUUCUUACUUAUGGCUUCACAAUAAUGUACAAUUUGAUCUGAUGUGUGCCUCAGAUAGGCAGUGAAAAUGUAAAUAUUGCUACGAGCUUCUAGUGAGAGCCGUUUUUUAUUGCAGCUUGAAUCCACGUGAGGUGCAAUUUUAAAGACGAUGAUAUAUUUCUGUGCGAACAUUAGCAUGCACGAUUCUGUUGGUUCUGAUACGACUACCAGCUUGAUUGAGCACUCGUCGGGCUCAAAAUUACACGGUACAGCUCUGGAUAGUAUCGGUUUUUAAGCGAUUAAGUACAUACCGUCAGCACCAUGAAUGCCCGUUCACAAACGUUUGAUCUGCGCAUGGAGGGCCGCCAGGUGGAUGAGGCCGUCCUGAGCAUCUUCCACACGAUUCUAUUCCACCGCAGCCUCGGUAAGUUCAUGUACACCGAGGAGGCAAUGUAUUCGGUCGGUACGAUCGGUUACCGGGAUGUGGAUUGUGAUUUUUUUGACUUCACCUACGUUUGCUGCACAUCGCCCCGGCUGGAGGAAACGCUUCGGCGUGAGAUAAGCAACUUUAGUCGGCAGCUGCGUAGCAACGAUAGUGGUGGCACCGGUCAGAUUAGUUUGGAGUUUUUCCAGCGAAAGAAAACGCGCUGGCCGUUCCAGACGGACUGCAUACCGUGGGAGGUGUGGACAAUACGGCUCGAGCUGCUAACGCUCACGAACGAGGACGAUUGGUUGGUGUGCCGGGAGCGGGUGAGCGAUAUGCUGACGGACAAAAUAUUCUGCAUUACGGAAAUUAUGAACCGGCACGAUUACGUGCCGAAGAUACCGAACCAGACCGAGCUUGAUAUGGUGUUUGACACGACGUACCCGGACGUGCAGCCGUACCUGUUUCAGUUUAAGUUUAGUACGGCCGGCCCGAGUGGUUCGUCCGUGAGCAACACGGUGAAGAAGCUGUUCAAGGAAACGUUAAAUGUUUCAUUGUGACUAAUACGUCACCGGUACGGAGUACGACUGACGGUAUUAUGCAGCUGGUGAAGCGAUGACAUCUAUUUUCUCUGUUUCCACACUGUUUGUCUGUCCUCUCCCACUCUCUGUCCUGUACUCUCUAUCCUGUUUGAGAUAUUUUUCGGUGACAUCGUGUGACAUCUUGUUUUUCUUAGCUUUAUGCUUGUUAGAAUUGUGUCGUGAAAAGUCAAAAUGCCUUGGGAACGAAUAUUUAAAGUAGUUUUUAGUGAGUAACAUGCUUUUGUUUAAAAUCGGGUAUGUAAGAUUUAUUAGACCCUCAUUUUUUGUUAGAUUUCUAUGUUUUUGCUCAAUUUUCAUCGCGCCGUUGUUAAGCAUAGUGAAGUAAGAACAGAAACAAAAUCAUCGUGUUAAUAAUGUUGAAUCGUGCGAAAAAUGUUUGUGGCCAGCAUCUUUGCUUUACUAGCAGAUCCUAUAUGAUUUAUAUGUUUCAUUAAUAUUUUCGCAUUUGAUAAAAAAAACAACUACUACAACAACAACAAAAUUGAAAGAGCAUGAAUUAAACUAUUUCAUCAAAGAAGAGUACAGAAUGAAACUUUGGAUACUGUCGGUAAUAUUUACAAUAUCCAUAGCGCAAUUUACAAUAUAGCGUACACGAACGUAGAGAUUAUUAGUUAGCGUGCAAAACGAUGUACAUUCAUAUAGUGCGACAUAUUUUUUUAUUUUGUGGUACUAACACUUCAAGUCUUUUGUCAUUUAUCUGCCUUUUAUUGUGUUUAUGUACCCAUAACUCGAUAUUAAGUUCUGCCCAAAAUGGGAUUUUGAUAUUGGUCUUGUCGUGUGAAGACUAUAUUUUAGCUGUCCUUUGUUCGCGGCAAAGUUUACAUGUCAAAAUUGACUAUGUAAAUGACAUCAUUAUGUGAAGGUCUUUGGUGAUAGCUUUUUUUAAACGGUAAUUAAGGUUGAUGGGAAUUUGUUUGUAUAUCCACAACUUAUUCAUACAAACUUAUUCGAUAGGCCUCUGUAAGCUUCUUACUUACUUGCUGUUAGUGCAAUGAUUCAUACAUUCGCACACAGAUACACGGUCACUACUGCGUAAAGCGGGAUAGGUACGGUCCAGUAGAGGUUAUGCCUCAAAGUAGACCUGUAACGUGUAACGCGUUACUGAAUCUUCUAUAAAAGGGUGCCGAUGCCCGCACACUCUACAUGUUAGUUGUUGUUUUAAAUAGAAAAAAAAAAUAAUGCCGGUACCAACAGACAUAAACCACAAAUGUAAUGAUAGUAAAUGUAAACAGAAAGAGAGACAAACUGAUAUAUCAAACCGUUCUCGACGCUCAUAGAAAAUCAUACAAAAACGCUCAUAGAAAAUCAAAAUAGCUCGUAAGGCGGAAUACGAAUUACAGACAAGUAGUUUUAUGUACAAUUAGGAUCGCGCAUGCAUACCGUCAAAUAUGAUGUUGUUCGAAUUCUCAGACAACUGAGCCCCCAGAACAUGAGCCCCAAGCGAAUCGAUCAUCGCAUUAGAAUACAAAUAGCGCUAGUCUUAAAAGGAUGCUGCUGGUGUGAAUAUUCCAGUGCUCAGGUGCGUGAAUAUUUACAGUGCAUCCUGAUAACUAUAUACUCUCUCCCUUUCCAGGGAAAUCUGGUUUGCUAUCUAAACUCCGGACAAUGCAAAUUAAGUGUAGGGCCACUAUUUUCCUCAUUCAUUAAUAUUUCAUAAACAGAAGGCUUGAAUGUUUCUUGUCUAGCAUGUUAGGUAGCAAGAGCGUAACAAAUGAUCUCCAUACACAUUUGAAUAAAACUAUCACACCUCCUGUUUGAGCCAUAUUGUACCGUGGCUACUGUAAAGCAAAUAUUUUCCGCAGCCACUACAAAACACGGUACGAAGUUACGAAAUUGUGCGGAUGUCGUCUUGGGUGUUAUCAGUGAAGCCGCGUGCAGGGUGAACAUAGGGCGUUUGCUUGAGGUUAAUGUCCGUCGGUUCGUGGCGUAUUUGUAGAUCCUACAACACGUUGCAAAGUGCUUCUCACUGUGAUUUUUCCCCCCCCCCAAUUUUCAAUUAGUGGAGCAGGUAUUUUCCCAAACGCAACUAAAAACAUUACGGGUUACCUUAAGCGAAUAUUUGAACCACAAUUUCUGUACCAUAAGUUGAACGAUAUUGUUUGUCGGAAAAAUGACGUAACACUUUUCCUAAAGACAUCUCAAUAGAUAUAGCACCUAUAGUGGAAACAUGUUUACAAAACACAAACAAACCCAAUAUGCUUCUAUACGUAAAUACCGUAUCCCUAGGCAGAUGAAUUCUAACUUAAAUAUGUUAUAGUUUUUAGUGUUGAAACGCAAGAGGCAGGCAGUCUGUUGGAUUUGACCGUCAACAAGCUAAUCCGAUGGUCGUUAUAACAGGUACUAAAGAGUAAUCGCACUAAGAAUCAGGAAAGAAGUAACUGAUUUUGUAAACCAUUUGCAUAGAUUUUUACCUUUGACCAAUAAGCAGACAGUGAUGUUUUGUUUACACUACUAGGAUAACAUGGUAUGCCUAUUUCAUGAGUCAUUACUUCAGUAGCAUUAGCAGUUAAUAGAUCGAAUUAUUUACUAUUAAAAUGUCAACAACAGUUUCAUAUUACUUUGCCGAUAUAUUUUUUUUUCUCGUUUCCGAGUGCUUUUUAAUCGUACUCUUACAGUAAGAAGUAUGUAAAACUUUACAAAAUAUCAAUAACGAUACAAAGAAAAAGUUUGGUAAUAGAGUGCAAGGCAGUGAACUAGAGAGUAAGCGAGAGGCAUAUUAUUUUGCCGAUAUACAUUUUUUUUCUGUUUUACGAACGCUUUUUAAUUGUGCUGUAACAAUAAGACAUGUGUAAUACAUUACAAAAUAUCAAUAACGAUACAAAGAAUAAAUUAGGAAAUAGAGUGCAAGGCAGCGCGAACAAGAGAAUAAGAGAGAGAAAAACAAAAAAAAACUUAAACUCAUGUAAUAAACUUAGGUAACUCGAGAGAAUAAAAGAAAAAAGCAAAAUCAACUGAAAGGUAACAGAAGCGGUAUGUAGAACAACGCCACAGAUAAAAGAGCAAGAAAUGUUAAUAAUAGUGACUUUACUAUGUUGGUGUAAGUGUUCUGUCGUCUAGAUGUUAAGCACACCGAGUAAAGGUUGUACGUCACAAAAUGUAGACAUAAAUCGGCACGUUUAAAUCUAAAUGUACUAAAUGUACGGUGAACUUCGUGCGACCGUUGAGAGUGUCGUUAUCAUCGUUAACACCUGAAGACGAUGCUGCUUUUCGGGUCCCAGUGCAAUAUGUGACCCGAAGAAUAUAGGUUUUUUAUACCCGGCUAUGACAGGCUACGACAGCCAUAAGUGGGUCAUCACGCCAUACUUGUAAAAAAUGCAACAGUUGCCGAUUCUAGCAGAUCCUAGCAUCAUAUCUCCGACAUCACUUAUUUGUUUUUGGUACCUUCAUCCGUCUACUUUGCUCUUUUGUUUUAAACUUGAUUUCUUUAUUUCGCGUUCAAAUUUUACGCAUCCCUGUCAUAAGCCCGCUUCAGACUGUGGCAUGUUUUCGAUUGAGUACGCUGUGAUUAGGUGUAUAUAACAUAACUAAGUAGCGUAUGAGCGUAUAUUGCUUAAAAAAAAGAAAUAUGUCUAUGGAUCAGGUGUAUAGAUCGAAAAGCAAAAAGACAUCAAAAGGAGAGGAAAGGGUUUUACUGUUCAUACGCUGUUAGUCACCCUAUAUGCGCAAGGUGUUUGCCUCUCAAGCGACACAUUUCGGAUGAAAGUUGUAAAUGCAUACCAGACAUACUACUUACUGCUCGAUCAGUAGUCAUUAUUUACACCGACGAAAUACCCACAUCGUUGGGAAACAAUAGGGCAACUACUUAAAGGUUAUCACUGAAGGAGGUAAUAGCAAAAGUGACAUGCAGCAGUUCGAUUCCAAAUUGAAUAUGUUCUACAUUUACCUUCAAUAUAGAAUGUGUUCCAAAACACAUGCACAUGAACGAACAUUUGAAAACGUUGCACAGGUUAAUGAAUGAUUCCGAGAAAAACAAAACACAGUUCUUUUCUGUAGAGUAGUACUUAAGCACGUGUUGAUUUGAUGUUGUUUGUUCUUUAAAGGAAAAGAAAACUACACGUUUGUCGUCGUUGUAGACACUACACGUUCGGGUCAUUGCAGAUACCUUUUUUAGUAUUACGCACACAUAUACGAGAUCGGGUGUAUUAGACGUGUAGAAGGCAGUUUUUAAAAAACACCAGUUGAUCAGGUCUCUCCAACUAUUCAAUUCUAACCACCGGAUCCGGAUAGUUUAGAACAGGAUAAGUGUCUUUUAUUCUGAUCUUUUCCCAAAUCCCCAAUAUUCUUGAAGUUUUUGAAGCACAUGCACCGAAGGAAGUAGACUAGAUCUUGAACACACGUGGAGUGUGAUGCCAAACAAUCACUAACAUGCAGCAGCAAUCUCUAUCACACCGUUGGCCGUGUGUUGGAUAAACAAAAAACCAAAAGAUGGGAAAGGAUUGGACAGGGACCGUUUGUAAAUUAACGUAACGAGCAAAAGUGCACGUAACGGGGAGGGGUUUUGCAAUGUCAAUUUCAAUGCAAUCAACAAAACCUGAUUGCGAAACAAUGCAGCCAAUCAUGGGUCAAUAAGGUGACAAACCGUACCUAUAGCAUUGCUUGUGAAUGGAACUAAGACAAACAACUAAUCUGGGCAUUGCUAUAACAUCAGCAUGGGCCGUAGGUGAUAAAGUCUAAUGCAAGGCACUUAUGCAAUGAUUCUUGGACGAGAAUGCAAAACAAAACAUUGCAAAGACGAAGAGAGGCGCGUAAGCGUUUAGGUUAAGCACUGCAAAACAGAUAACAGAAACGGGAAAACAGAACGUAAUGUAACCAAAAUAUGACGAUGAAAAGAAGAUAAGAGAAGCCAGCUGCUGGAACUCUUUAGCAAAAAAAGGGUUAUACAAAAAGAAAAGUAAGAAAAGGAAACUAUAAAGAAAUGAUUCACGAGAGAAAAAAAAAAACAAGAACCAUACAAACAAACCAAUUUUCUAAAGAUCCUUCCUCGGAAAAUCCUCGGUUGAGAAAUUUGUAGCGUUUACAUCCACUGUUGGUUAUUGUGAAACAUUUCAUACAUCUCGUACCUUGUCUGGAACAUGGAAGUUGUAUUUGCGUUUGUA